AUGAUAAACGUGAGAUCUUCAUUUGUGAGACCUAGAAUGAUAGAUCAGGAGAUUAUGAAGCUUUCCUUGGUUCAAAGCCAGAGAUUGUUCACAAGUAGCCCAGCGAGAAAGAGUACCAAACCUCUAAGUAGGAAACCAAUUGGUGGAAAUGACGACAAUAAUCUUAGAAGCGCAAAUCUCGAAUUUUCAUCUGGUAAGGCCAUUAUACUAUGUGUACUAGUUGGUGGAAUUGGAUAUUAUAUCUUUCAAAAUGAGAAACAUAAAAUGGAUUUGAAGCGUGAACAAGAGUCCAAAAAAGGUUAUGGUAAACCUCAGAUUGGCGGUGGCAGGUUUACUCUAAUAGAUCACAAUGGGAAUCCAUUCAGUGAACAAAAUCUUUUAGGUAAAUUCUCUCUCAUAUAUUUUGGAUUCUCUCAUUGCCCUGAUAUUUGCCCCGAUGAGCUAGAUUUACUCGGAGUUUGGCUGGAUAAACUUAAGAAAGACAACAUUGAGGUUCAACCCGUUUUCAUCACCUGUGAUCCAGCAAGAGAUAAACCUGAGGUGUUGAAGGAAUACUUGAGCGAUUUUCAUGACGGCAUAAUUGGCGUUACAGGAGAAUACGAUGACAUCAAAAAUAUUUGUAAACAGUAUAGAGUAUAUUUUUCCACACCACAGAAUGUGAGGCCUGAUCAAGACUAUUUGGUUGACCAUUCUAUUUUCUUUUAUUUAAUGGAUCCACAGGGGCAAUUUAUGGAGGCUUUGGGAAGAAAUCAUGAUGAGAAUAGUGGUGUAAUUAGAAUCAAAGAUCAAAUAAGACAAUAUAAGGAGGCUGACAAUAACGAUAAUAAAAAAUGGUUUUAA